AUGGAGCCCCUGGGCCUCGCCGCCAGCCUCAUCACUAUAGCGGCCACCUGUAAGGUGGCAUACCGCUUCGGGAGGAAGAUAAAGAACGCGCCAAGGGAGGUAAGAAGACAGAGUCGCCAGCUGUUGAAACACUCCGAAAAUAUCAAACGAAUUGCCCAAGGUCUCGACGAUAGCACGAUUAUCGUCAGUGGAGAAACCCUGCGCCGAAUCAGGGCCGACCUCAAGAGCGCGGAGAGACUGCUCGCUGAGUUCCACGAAAGAACAGCCUUCCUGCGUAUCGGCUCUAUCAGUGCGACUGUCAAACUUGGCUUCAUCAAAGGCAUUCUGUGCUUCAUUAAACAACUAUGUAGGAUAUUGAAGCUGUGCCUCUUUGAUACGAAAAAAUUAGUCCACCAAAUGAAAAAGCUGGCGAAACACGCCUCCAAGUUGGCAUUCAAUGAGAGGAUCAAGCAUCUUGAAGAGAACAGCAUACGGUACGAUGAAAACAACAAACUGUCUGAGGAAUUCAACAUCCAAUCCGAUGAAAAUCGUAGACGGUACGAGGAAUCCAGCAGCCAGUCUGAGGAAGAUACCACACAGGUCGAAGAGAAAUCCAAAGAAAGACCUACGAAAACGACUCAAGAUCGAAUCAGCAACCAGGAGACGAGGUGCUGUGAGAGCAAUCAGAAUUGGGGGACUGUAGGAGGCGCAGUUGCUGGUGCUGUGGUUGGUGGUUAUAUAGGAUUUCGGUUUGGAGGUAGCUGGGGAGCUGUUGCAGGUGUUGUAGUUGGCGACCUUUGGUAAAGAAAGGGAAUCAACUGGUCCCUGUGUUAUGCUGGGGAUUGGUGACUGGGGCGGUCGCAUACUUGCCACUGCAUUCAUUAGUCACAUUUCAUUUGUGA